AUGAGUUCAAAUAAACCAAUAUUAGAAGAAGUAGAUGAUAUAGAUAAUUUAGAUAUGGAUAUUGCUGAAUUUGAUGCAAAUCUAAAUACUCCAAUUGCUCCAAAAAGACCAGAACCAAAAAUAACAAGAUCACAAGAUUCAGAAGAACCACCUUUAUUUCCAAAUUUACCAUUUCAACAACCACCAAGAAAUACUCAAACUACUCAGAGAAGUAAUAUUUUAGAUCCUUCUAGUUUCACUCAGCAAGAAAAAGAACAAUUUAAAAAAUUUCAAAUCAUAUAUCCAUGUUAUUUUGAUAUUAAUCGAUCUCAUAAACAAGGUAGAAGAGUAUCAAUAGAUAAAGCAGUUGAAAAUCCAUUAGCUAAGACAAUAGGUGAUGCAUGUAGACAGUUGAACUUACCUAUUUUAUUAGAGCUCGAUAAAUGUCAUCCUCAAGAUUUUGGAAAUCCAGGAAGAGUAAGAGUAUUUUUAAAAGAUGGAAAUAAGCCUAUUGAUUCGAAGUUGAUAAAUAAAAGAAGUUUAUUUAAUAAAGUUUCAGAUUACUUAUCUAAUCAUCCUACAGAUUUAGAUUCAGUGGGUUUUAAAAGUGGUAUUGCUUAUCCGGAAGAAUUUCAAACUUCAAAUUUUAAACCAGAAGAAGUUCCAAAAGUAAAAGGAUUUAAAAUGAAUACUAUUGUUCCUGUUCAUUCUAAUUAUACUUUAAAACAUCCAAUGACUAAAAGUAUAUAUGAUAAAGAACCCGAAGUUGAUAACACGACGAUUAAACCAAAUGUUCCAAAACAACCAAAGAAGAAGAUAAUGAAAAUAAGAGGGUAG